GUUAUUAGCAACUCCAUGGAAUUGACAAUGUUUAGGCUUAGCCUUGUAAAGUCCAUGGUGAAAUCACUGCCUUUCCAUGUAAGAUUUCAAUCCCACCAUUUUGGCCCUUUUAUGCCAAUCAGUCAACCCAAUAGAAUAUCCAUUUCCUCCACCAAACUCCUUCUAAAGGUGAAGCAACACAGCAGCAACAGACAAAAAACCAAUAAACUAGCGAUGGAAUUUGAAAUCAAUAGAAAACCCAGAAUUCUUUGCCUCCAUGGAUUCAGAACCAGUGGUUCAAUUCUACAAAAGCUGAUUGGAAGAUGGCCUCAAACUGUUCUUGAAAAGCUAGACCUUCAUUUUCUUGAUGGCCUAUUUCCUGCUCGUGGAAAAUCUGAUGUUGAAGGCUUCUUUGAUCCUCCUUACUUUGAAUGGUAUCAAAGCAGUCAGGACUUCAAAGAGUACAGGAAUUUUGAAGAAUGUGUUGCUUAUAUUGAAGAUUAUAUGAUAAAUCAUGGUCCUUUUGAUGGUUUGCUUGGAUUUUCCCAAGGAGCAAUGUUAUCAGCUGCUGUGCCAGGCAUGCAAUUGCAGGGUAUGGCCUUCACAAGAGUACCAAAGAUAAAGUUUCUGAUAAUAAUAUCUGGGGCUAAGUUUUUAGGAUACAAAUUUGGCCAACCUAAGCUUGCUGCUAAUGCAUUUUCAUCUCCUGUUGAGUGCCCUUCUCUCCACAUUAUAGGGGAGAUGGAUUUCUUGAAGCCAGGAGGAAUUGAUCUGUUGGAAUCAUUUGUUGAUCCUGUUGUGAUUCAUCAUCCCAAGGGGCACAUCAUACCAAGACUUGAUGAUAAUAACAUCAAGAUAAUGCUUAGCUUCAUUGAAAAGAUUCAAAAGAUGCCAUCAGAUGAACAAUAGAACUGCUUGGAUAUCUCAUUUCCUAAAUCUGUUGGAAAUGUUAUACUACAUAGGAAUAAUAAUGAAGGAGAUUAAUAUUAUCAUAUCUAUGGACUGAAUGAUCGACAAAAUGGUUAUUUUCCCAUUAAGAUCCCGAAAAUUUAGUUGUUGACAUUCAGUCCCUUUUGUUUUUGUUAAAUUAAGCCCUCAUUUAAUCAAGGUUUUGACAGUGAUAAUCAUGUAUCUUAGACGGAUGGUGGAUUUGGCUGAGAUUUUUCUUAUUUGUGUUCAAUUAAACACUUGGAACUUUUCUUUUAAAUUUGUUGAUAUUGAACCCUUGAACUUUUAUUUUUGUUCAAA